UGUGUAGUACAGUUUUCCAGUGAUUAAUAGACAUAGAUACAUUGGGGAACACAGAGUGGUAAAAUCUCCUCAUUUUGCACAGGGGACGUGAACGUUCCUUGGACCACCUGACUAAAACCAGGAAGUGAAUCGACUGUCAACAAUAAAACGAUAUGAUGUCAUCAGACUGGCAAUUGUCUCUGAAGCUGGCGGAUCGGCCCAAAUCCACCUUCCACUUCCCCGACAUGAUGCCCGGAGAUGUUUCCCCCGGAGGAUACAGAGUCGCCACCUUGAAACAACUUGUGGCCGCUCAGCUCGCAGACUCCAUCCCGGACCCUGAGCUCAUAGAGCUGGUCCACUGUGGGCGGAAACUUAAAGAUGAUCUCACACUGGACGCCUGUGGGAUUCAACCAGGAUCCACCUUGCACAUCCUCAAAAAGACUUGGCCGGAGCCAGAGAACAAUCCAGAGCCUGUGAACAGAGCGACUGCAGCCAGAGAGUUCCGAGUGUUUCAUGCUGCUCUUCACUCUCUCAACUCUUCCUACAGAGACUCGGUUUAUAAAAUGCUAACGAAUAAAGAGUCGUUGGAUCAGAUCAUGGUGGCCACUCCGGGACUCCGCACAGACCCAAUCGCUUUAGGUGUUCUCCAAGACAAAGACCUCUUCGUGCAGUUCACAGACCCGAGCAUGUUGGAUAUAUUAAUCAGUUCACACCCAGCGCUUGUCAACGCCAUCAUCUUGGUCCUGCACUCUGUGGCGGGCAGUAUGCCCACGCAGUCCAGCGCCAGCUCGUCUCGCAACGUCUCUGCCAGUUCCUACAGUGAUAUGCCUGGAGGCUUCAUGUUUGAGGGCAUGUCUGACGACGAGGACGAUUUCCAAUCGGGAAGCCCAGCCGGACCCUCCAGCAGAGCUGGGGGCUCAGCAGGAAUUCGACCAGUGUCUCUGAGCCACAGCGGAGCCGCAGGCCCUCGACCAAUAACGCAGAGUGAGCUGGCGACCGCUUUGGCCCUCGCCAGCACGCCGGACAGCAGCGCAGUCACUCCCACGACAGCAAGCCAGUCGGACCCCUCCAGUGGCGUAGCCCCGAUGCCAGCAGGGACCCCGGUCAGUAACGAUCUGUUCAGCCAGGCUCUACAACAAGCUCUGCAAGCCACCAACAUGUCCGCUCUGCAGGGACGCUGGCAGUCCCAGAUGCAGCAGCUCAGGGACAUGGGGAUCCAGGACGAGGAGCUGAUGCUGAGGGCGCUGCAGGCCACAGAGGGGGACAUCCAGGCCGCCCUGGAGCUCAUAUUCGCUGGAGGCCCAGGACUCUGAGGUCACACACACCAUGGACAGAGGACAGAGGACAGAGGACAGAGCGUGAGGAGGCUUGUAAUGCUGCUGCUCAGAAAUGACAGAAAAGAGACAUACACUUUUAAAUAAACACACAUCAACCAUUUCAACUCAGCUCCACAUACCGCAGGUCAUGACACAUUGUUUGUAUUGAUUUGACUUGUAAUAAAAUGAGACAUGUUUACCUCAACAACUCAUCAA